AUGGCGCAGGAUGAGCAGCCCAAGCCUGUUGACAAGGGCAAGGGAAAGGCGACGGAUGCAGAGCCCAGUAAACCUGAGGAUGUCAAGAAGGAUAAAGAUGGGAAGCCCAUAGUAAAUGGCAAGAGUGAAGAGGGGGCUGCUGGAGCCGCCGAGGAGCUCAGUGAGGAAGAUCAGCAGUUAAAGAGCGAGCUGGAUAUGCUAGUGGAGCGUUUAAUGGAAUCCGAUGCGACCCUUUACAAACCAUCCCUGGAGGCGAUCAAAGACUCCAUCAAGACCUCCACCUCAUCGAUGACCGCUGUACCCAAACCUCUAAAGUUCCUCCGGCCACAUUACGAACCUAUGACAAAACUUUAUGAGGAUUGGCCAGCUGGAGAUGACAAGACAUCGCUGGCGGAUGUGCUUUCAGUAAUCGGCAUGACGUUUUCAGACGAAGACCGACAGGAUACCCUCAAGUACCGGCUGCUGGCGCCAACUUCAGAUAUAGGCUCAUGGGGCCAUGAAUAUACAAGGCAUCUUGCUCUGGAGCUUGGGGAAGUCUACACAAAGAGGCUAACGGCGGAUGAACAAUACCAAGAUCUCAUUGAUCUUGCCUUAAUCUUAGUCCCGCUCUUCCUUAAGAGCAAUGCCGAAGCGGAUGCUGUUGACUUGAUGAGUGAACUCGAAAUUAUUGAGGACCUCCCUAAAUUCCUCGACAAAGACACAUACCCCCGAGUCUGCCUCUAUAUGGUCAGCAUGGUAAAUCUGUUGACCUACCCAGAAGACCAGCAAUUCCUCCGGACCGCUCACGACAUUUACAAGCAAUACGACCAGCUUACCCAGGCAGUUAUCCUUGCAAUCCGCCUGAACGACAUAGAUCUCAUUGAAUCCGACUUCAGCUCGACGAAGGAUGUGGCACUGAAGAAACAAAUGGCCUUCCUCAUUGCCAAACAGCAGAUUGUUCUAGACUUUUAUCCAGAGACGGAGGAAGAUCAAGAAAUUGUGGAAUGCUUAAACAACACGAAGUUGCCAGAACAUUUCAAGGCUCUAGGCAAGGAGUUGAAUAUUCUGGAUCCAAAGACCACAGAGGAUAUCUACAAGAGCCAUCUUGAGAGUAAUCGUGUUGCCGGUCUAACUAAUCUUGACUCUGCACGACACAAUCUGGCCGCUGCUUUUGUCAAUGCUUUUGUGAACGCAGGGUAUGGUAAUGACAAGAUGAUGAUGGUUGAGGACGAUAAGGCUAGUUGGGUCUGGAAGACGAAAGAAGAGGGCAUGAUGUCCACAGUCGCGUCUUUAGGCACGCUGCUGCUAUGGGAUGUGGAAGGUGGCCUUGACAAAAUCGACAAGUACACCUACGCGAGCGAAGACCAGAUCCAGGCUGGUGCCAUGUUAGCAAUCGGUAUCAUGAAUUCCGGAGUUCGAAUCGAUUCCGAUCCUGCCAUGGCUCUUCUUGGUGAUGAAGAUAAGUUGAACCACAAGAGCCCACUGGUAAGGGUCGCCUCAAUCAUGGGCCUUGGUCUAGCAUACGCAGGCUCCAAUCGGGAGGCCCUUCAAGAGCUCUUACUACCAAUCGUCACCGAUACUUCUCUAGAUAUGCAAAUAUCUGCGAUGGCCGCGCUUUCCCUGGGGAUGAUCUUCGUCGGUUCGUCAAACUCCGAUGUCAGUGAAGCAAUAGUGCAAACAUUCCUGGAUGAUGAUCGCAAAUCCCAAUUAAAGGACAAGUGGACUCGCUUCAUGGCUCUUGGGCUUGGCCUUCUCUACUUCGGGAAACAAGAGGAAGUUGAUGUCAUUCUGGAGACACUGAAAGCUAUCGACCACCCAAUGUCAAAGCCGACUUCCGUACUUGCAGAGAUCUGUGCAUGGGCAGGAACAGGCACCGUCUUGAAGUUACAGGAGCUCCUCCACAUUUGCAACGACCACAUCGAAGAUACUGAUGACAAGAAAGGCGACGAGUUACUUCAAGCUUAUGCUGUCAUUGGCCUGGGUCUUGUCGCAAUGGGCGAGGACGUUGGUCAAGAAAUGGUUUUACGACAAUUCGGCCAUCUCAUGCAUUACGGCGAAGCAAAUAUCCGCAGAGCAGUACCUCUGGCAAUGGGUCUUCUCAGCCCUAGUAACCCGCAAAUGAAGGUUUACGACACACUAUCGAGGUACAGUCACGACAAUGACAAUGAUGUUGCGAUCAACGCGAUCUUUGCUAUGGGCCUACUUGGCGCGGGAACCAACAAUGCAAGACUGGCCCAGCUUCUCAGACAACUGGCCAGUUACUAUCACCGAGACCAAGAAUCCCUCUUCAUGGUCCGCAUUGCCCAAGGUCUGCUUCACAUGGGUAAAGGCACACUAUCAAUCAGCCCCUUCCACACCGAUCGCCAAGUUCUCUCAAGGGUCUCUGCUGCUGGUCUCCUCUCGGUAUUAGUCGCCAUGAUUGAUGCCAAGCAAUUCGUUACCGACAAAUCGCACUACCUCCUUUAUUAUCUGGUUACUGCAAUGCAUCCGAGGUUCCUCGUCACUCUUGACGAAGAUCUGAAGCCCUUGACUGUCAAUGUUCGAGUUGGACAGGCUGUGGAUGUAGUUGGACAAGCUGGCAGACCAAAGACCAUUACUGGUUGGCAGACACAGAGCACGCCUGUCCUGUUAGCAUAUGGAGAGCGGGCGGAAUUAGAAGAUGAGCAGUAUAUUCCUUUAACCACCACACUCGAGGGCUUGGUAAUCUUGAGAAAGAACCCUGACUGGGAUGAUUUGAAGAGUUGA